UACUUCCUCUGACCGGUCACGUGGUGCGGAUGCCCUUCCACUGUGCGACAGAAAACAUGGCUGCGCUCUUGAGAUCAGCACGGCUGCUUAAGUUUUCGCCUUCGGGCUUGCUCCAGACCGCCGGGACCAGGAGGACCGGGCCGCCACUCAGCCGGCUGUACACCGGAGCCCUCGGCGGCGGAAAACCCGGAGUUUGUUCCCGACUCAGCGGCCCCGCAGCGGGACACGCGUCCAGUCGUGUGUGGCCAUAUGCAGCGGGGUGUGUGCGUAGCUACGCUGUGGCCUCAGAGCAGAGGGACGAGGUCUCCGUUUCGGUGCGCUCCAAGCAGGCGCAGCAGUUCGACUGGGCUCUGUCCAAGCUGGACAGCUCCGUGAGGAGAACCGGUCGCAUCACCAAGACCCUCCUGCAACGCAUCUUCCAUGAUAUCUGCAGAGCAGGGUAUCCCAGCGGUAACCAGGCCUUGUUACUGCUGCGUAGCUGCGGGUCGCUGCUGCCGGAAGUUCCACUAAAGGAGCGCAACGAGCUGGCACACCGUGUGUGGGAGAAGCUGAAGGAGUUGGGUGCACAGUAUGAUGUCAGUCACUACAACGCCUUGCUGAAGGUUUACCUGCAGAAUGAGUUCAAGUUCUCCCCAACUGACUUCCUGGCCAAGAUGGAAGCAGCUAACGUCCAGCCCAACAGGGUUACCUACCAGAGACUCAUAGCAGCAUACUGCCAAAAUGGAGAUAUCGAGGGAGCCAGCACCAUACUGGGUUUCAUGAAGAGCAAAGAUCUGCCCAUCACUGAGGCUGUUUUCAACUCGCUGGUGACCGGCCAUGCUCGUGCAGGGGACAUCGAGAGUGCUAAGAACAUCCUGUCUGUGAUGCGGGGAGCGGGAAUUGAACCGGGUCCAGACACGUAUAUAUCGCUGCUUAACGCCUACGCUGAGAAGGGAGACCUGGACAGUUUGAAAAAGACGAUGGAGGCAGCAGAGAGUGCAGACUCCUGUCUGAUGGACCGGGACAUCAUGCAGGUCAUCUUCACUCUGGCCAAAGCCGGACACAAGCAGCACAUCCCAGUCAUGGUUGAGCGCUUGAGGCAUGAGAGGGGCUACGUUCCAGAUGCCAUGAACUUGUGCCUGAGCCUCGUCACCCAGGGCCAGGAGGACACGGCUUUUAACAUCCUAAAGACUUUCCCCACGCUGCAGUCGGACAGCUUCAACACAGAGGCCGCCAACCUGGGCAACUUCUUCCUCAGACACUGUGUCAACAUGGACACGCCAAUGGAGAAGAUCGGCAGGUAUUGCAAUGAGCUGCAGGAGGCAAACCUUCACUCUUCGGCACUCAGCUUCACUCUGUCCUGCGCUCUGGAAGCCAAGAAGACCGCUAUGUCUUUAGCGCUGAUGAAGAUGAUGAAGGAGCAGAACUUCCCCAUAAGGCCGCACUACUUUUGGCCGCUCCUCACUCAGCAUGUGAAAGACCGCAACACAGCUGGUGUAGUUGAGGUGGUGAAGGGCAUGCAGGAGCUCGAGUUGUGUCCUGAUCUGGAGACUUUAUCCAACUACGUCAUCCCCGUCUUCCCCAGCAUGGAAGCAGCUAAACAGGCCCUCAAGGAUGCAGGAAUCUCUUUGGAUUCGGAGAGCUUCUUGUCUUCAGAGGUUCGCUCUCUGGCUGUUAGCAACCUGGCCGAACUCUACACCAUAUUGUCUGAUCCCUCCUGCCAGUCCAUGGACCUCAGUGUUUUCCGCGCCAGCCUCAUCCUGGGCUUCAAAAAGUCGUCUGAUGUGGAGAGCAUGGUGAAGAUUACUGAGCUCUUGUUCAAAGACGAGCGCUUCUCCAAAGAAAACACCAAGGCCUCUGAAGCGGCAUCUUUCUUUCUGUACAAUUUGAUGGACAGCAUGUCGGACGUGGAGGUGCAAGCACAGGAAGACAAACUGCGGAAAUACUUCAAUCAACUAAAGGCUCAGAACAUAACCAUUUCAGGAAACAUCUACAGAGGCAUCAAGAACCUUCUGGAGUCCUACCACGUCCCAGAGCUCAUCAAGGAUGUGGUUGCUUUGGUGGACCCCAAAGACCGAGUGUACAAUGGCUCCAUGUCAGCUUUUCCCCGUGUCCCUGGAACUGAUGGUAGGGUGUUUGCUCUUGAGAAGAAACUGGCCGAGCUGAAAGCGGAGAACGAGCCUUUAGGCAGCAUCCUCAAACAAGCCAUCCAGGCUCUCUGCGCUGAAGAGAACCUGCAGCGCGCCCUUGAGCUGAAGCAGGAGAACGAGGAGAUGAUGACAGCCGGCGGCUACGCCACCCUCAUCAACCUGUGCUGCCGCCACGACAACGCGGAGGAGGCGCUCAACCUGAAGAGGGAAAUGAGUCGUAAGGACUCGUCAGUUGGUCUGGAUCCCAGCAAAUACAUCUCACUGGUCAAGACCCUGUCGAAGAAUGGCAAAGUGGAGGAGGCUGUAGACCUCCUGAAGGAGAUGAAAGAGAAGGAUGUGGUGAUGAAUGACACACACAUCACCAUGCUCUUUCACACGCUCACGGCCAUGGUGGCCAAGGGCGGCGCCCCCGUCAUCCGACGCCUGCAGGACACCAUCUUCACCCUCGGACUGGCUAAACCCACCGCCAAUCUCUGCUCGCCCCUGAUUUCUGCCUACCUGGAGAGUAAGGACCUUGCCGGAGCUCUAGAAGCAGCACUGGAGUGUCAGAAGCUCUACAACCAGCUGCCUCGCAUCCACGACAUCAUUGUUGCUCUGGUGGAGAAAGGAGACACCGAACUUCUGCAGAAAGCCAUGGACUUUGUGAGUCGGGAGCGAGGAGAGAUGACCAUGUUGUAUGAUCUGUUCUUCGCAUUCGUGCAGACGGGCCGCUACCGUGAGGCUCGUAAGAUCAUUGAGACCCCUGGGUUGAGGGCACGGCCUGGACGCCUGCACUGGUAUGCUGAGAAAUGCAUUUCUUCCAACCAGAUGGAGGCCUUGGAGCAGAUGGUGGACAUGACAUCCAAGCUGUUUGAGUGCGACAGAGAUGAGAUGUACAGUUACAUCCUUCGGCUCUGCAAGGAGACAAACAACUGGGAGAAGGCAGAGGCGCUGUGGACGACGAUGCAGGAGGAGAACGUCAUUCCCAGGGAGAGGACCCUGCGUAUGCUGGCAGACAUCCUGAAGAGUAACGGCCAGGAGGUGCCCUUUGAUGUGCCUGAGACCUGGUACGAAGAAGCUGCCACCACACAGCAGGUCAAGACCGAAGCAACCGUCCCCAAAGUCAAUAAUGCUGAAUACCAGACCCGUCUGCUGGCCCUCUGUAAAAGGGGCAAGGCCAAAGAAGCCUAUAAGAUGCUGAAAGAAGGCAAUAAAAAGGGUGUGGCAUUAGGCCCCGCCCCUUACGAUCAACUGAUCCGCGCCUUGUUGGCCCAGGGAUCUAUUGAGGACGCCUUGGCAGUCAAAGACAUUGCUGCGUCUCAUUUGCCCGACUUCCAGCUGAGUGAAAUCGCCACCAAUCUGCUCAUCAUCACACACAGCAAGAAAGGCCAGGUUAAAGAGGCUCUGGAGAAACUGAAGUCUAUGCUGCAGGUGAACCACGUGCCCUCGCAGCUCGCCAUCACCAGAGUGAUUCAGGUCCUGGGUAGCCAUGGCGACGUGGCCGGGAUCCAGGAAGCGGAGUCAUUGACGAAGGGCCUCGCCACGACCCUCAACCUGUCCAGCAUGGUGUUUGUCAACAACACGGCCCUUGCACACAUCAAGAAUGGAGACGUGGAUUCAGCAGUGGAGGUGUUGGAGGCGGUCUUCACUAGUCCGAACAGCACAAACCCCAGUAUGUCCUUCGUCUUCAGGAAGGUCUUGGAAGAUGACAACGACAAAGCUUUAGACAAGCUGAGUGCGAUGGCAGAGCGGCUAGCCAACCAUUUCGCCUGCUACAGACCGGCUUCAGACCUCUUCCUCCAGCUGCUGGAUAUGGACAAAGUGGAGGACGCCAAGUUCAUGUUGGCUCGCUGUAACGCUGUGGCUGAACAGAAGGAUGUGCUGGUGUCCUUCUUGUCCCAGAAGGCUCAGAGUCCCGGUCAGGUGGGCAAGAUCAAGGCCCUGCUGAGCCUGAUUCCAGACUUCACUGAGAAGGAGGUGCUGUACCCGUACCUGAUGAAAUGUCAUGUUCUGGAUAAGGACUUAUCGUCAGCCAAGGCUCUGCAUGAGCAGAUGCAGAAGGAGGGAGCAGUCAUAGACGAGCUGUCACUCAAACGGCUUGCUGUUCUUUACCGUGAUGCAGGAGAGACCGCUCCCUUCACUGAGCCACCUGAGUCAUUUAAGUUUUAUGCAGAAAAGCUGAAAGAGAGAACAACUAAAGUCCCGACGACGGCUGAGGCAUAAAGAUUUAUCCUCCUCUUCUCUGACCUUCUUCCAAAUCUCAACUUUGUCGUCCUAUCUCCUUUUUUUUUUUUAUAUAAGGUGUCCAAGCUGAAAUAUUGAGUAUUGUGUUAUAACUGUUGGAUAUUAUACUCUGUCCACUGUGCUCUUGAUAAUGUUAUUGAUGAUGAUGAUGUAGAGAAUGUACAGAAGUAUUUAUGCUAAUAAAUGUCACAUUC